GAGAGAGUCAGCGCAGGGGUGCUGGGAGGGGCCAGUGCGGAACAAAUACAACAAGAAACAGAAAGCACCGGUCAUCAGUGCUAGAUGGUGUGUUCUGCUAAAGGGGAGGGGAGAUGCCUUCGAUCUAGAGCGGAAGGGUUGAUGGCGGUACAGCAGUGUUGUGUUUCCACCGCCAUCCCCUCUAUCACUCCCAUCAAAGGUGCCCUUUUCAACAAACUCGGCGAAGAAGGGUGAAGAAAAGGAAGCCCUUCCAUCCGCAGGUGAUGCUUCCAUGAGCCGAAGGAGGAUCUCCGUCAAAGAGCUGGGAAAUGUGGACUGCCAAGGAUGGCUGUAUAGGAAGAAGGAGGCCCGGGGCUUCCUGGGGUCCAAGUGGAAGAAGUACUGGUUCGUGCUGAAGAAAGCCUCCCUCUACUGGUAUACGGAGCCGACGGCUGGAAAGGCUGAGGGUUAUAUAAAUCUUGCAGACUUCACAACUGAACAAGCCACAGAGUGCAAGAGAAAGCACGCGAUGAAGGCCAGCAACCCACAUGUCGUGACCUUCUACUUCGCGGCGGACGGCAUGAAGGAGAUGAACAAGUGGUUAAACAAGCUUAACCUGGUGGCCAAACUGAAAAACCGCUCAGAGGCCGACACCGGAGAAAUAUCCGGAGAUGGAUGUUACAGUGAGGAGAGUGAUAGUGAGGAGACGGCAGACUCACCAGAUGCGGAGCAGAUGGCGCUGGAUGAUGACAGUCCGACCGCCCGUUCGCCUUCCGGACCCCAGUGUGAUUCCACGGAGGACUGUGUCUCACCGGCCGACUCCACGGUAACAUCCGGUGAGCCUGCCCGUUCCGUCCCUUCUCCCACUGUGCCAGCGACACCGCAGAGCUCCACCCCCCCUCCCAUCGAGCUCCCCCAGUCCUGGCUGCACAAGGUCUCUCAAGCCAACCAGAAGCUCGCAGAAGGUACCGAAUGCCCUCCGCUGCUGCUGCUGCAGGGUGAUCUGCGGAGCGGUCUUCGUGGUGACCCUGACAAAGGUCCCGAGCGCUGCUCUCUCUCUCGGGUGCCUGCAAUAGUCGUGCGGAGUGCAGACCACAGCCAGGCCGUAUCUUCCACUUUGCUACUGCCAGGGACAUGCGCAGAGGACCCUCAGAAUGUGUUGUGUGAUGAGAUGGAAAGGCUGUACAAUAACCUGAAACGGUCAAACUUGUAUCCGACUGGAGCGUACAAACCGUCCACCGAACGAGAUUUCAAAACAUCGUUCAUCAAGCGCUGCAAAAAUGAAGCCAUGAAUGAGAAGCUGCACUUGAUAAGGACGCUGAGAAGCACUCUGAAGGCAAAAGAGGCGGACCUCAUGAUCAUCGAGCAGGUUUUAGGUGACGCCUGUCUGAGCUCAAAGCACUACAGGGAGUGGAAAGAAGCCAACAUGUUGCUUCUGCAAGAGAUCUCCCUCCAGCGCAGACGAGUGGGGGGCAGCGACGAGCAGAUAGCCUCGGCUACAAGUAGCGCGACAUCCUGUUCAGAGAACAACGUCUGAGCAACACUGCAUUAAUUUGCAUGUGUUUCUGUGUGUAUGUGUGCGUGUAUGCAGAUGGGCUGGUGUGGUUGUUAAUGAAGAACGGGGGUCUCCAUAUAUCUCUUAACCCAGAAAAAGCACAGCCGAGGUUGUGGAAAGCACGUGUGGGACUGCUAAUUCUUCGAUCCAGCAUCAGUGCCUCUUGCCCCCAGAGACCUCUUGUAUUUAAAGGCCCCCAAGGACCACACAAUACGAAGCCUUCGGCCUCCUGAGUGCCUGGACAUUCAGUCAAAGUAAACUCAUUAAAGCACCGUGUUUUCCCAGACAGUCACACGUCAUCGGUAUAUUUAUUACUUUACAUGCUGCUUAACUUCCUCUGUGCAGUUCAUCUUGCAUGUUCAUCUUUACUUGUUUAAAAAUGUGCUUUCUGUAAUCUAUAUAGCUUGAGAACAAUAGAAAUAUUGUUCAUUCAAAUGUACAAUAUUAAACAUGGUGUCAAUGUUACCCUGCAUUGGACUAUUGGAUG